GCUCUGCCGUCGAAAGAUCCCCUCUUUUGUGACUUCAGCGCGCCUUCUUGUUUCACGCACAUCCCUCAAACCACAAACACGCAUUGUCCUGAGCUAUCUCGCAAGAAUUCGUAUCUGCGCCGUACGAGGAGCGUGCAGCUUUAUCUUUGUUGUGGCCGCCUGCUAACACGAGCGGCGGCGGGAGUCUCACGGCCCACAGAUCGUGCUCGAAAUCGAAUUCCAUCGAGAAAAAAGCCUUACGGCGGCCGGAAAAUGAAUCCACUAACAAACGUAAGGAACCUCCAGAAAAUAAAUGACCGGGAACUGCAAAUGGGCCUGACAGGCCACGAGAAAAGCUGGCAUUCAAAGUACAAGAAUUCGGCAUGGAUUUAUUUCGGCGGCGUCAGCUUCGAUCUUACCGAAGGAGACCUAUUGUGCAUAUUCUCACAAUACGGCGAAAUCGUGAACAUCAAUCUGGUUCGUGACAAGGAAACCGGGAAAAGCCGCGGUUUCGGCUUCAUCUGUUACGAGGAUCAACGAUCGACAAUACUCGCCAUCGAUAAUUUCAACGGAGCGAAGAUCUGCAAUCGGACGUUCCGGGUCGAUCACGUGGAGAACUACAAGCCACCGAAGGACAGCGACGAGUACGACGAGCUUACGAAAAUGCUCCAUGAGAAAGGCUGCGCACCGGAAGUCAUGCGCGAGCAGGGCAAACCCCAGGGCAGUGGCGCUUCCCAGUCGGACAAGAGCGGUGAUGAGGAUGAUGAGGAUAGUGCUGGCCGCAAGGAGCGAAAGAAAGAGAAGAAACGAGCCAAGAAAGCCGCGAAGAAACUCAAGAAAGAGCAGAAAAGAAAAUUGAAGGCACUCAAGAAAGAAAUCAAAAAACGAUUCAAAGAGGCUCCCAGCUCAUCCUCAGAUUCUUCUUCCGCAUCCGCUUCCCCCAAGUCUACGACGAAACUCCCCGAGACAAAGGAGGAGCGCUCUGAUCGUAUGAAGAUAGAUCGCCCCGAGAGAGAAAUCGCGACAGACCACAGAAACAGGUCGAGAAGUCCGGUACACAGAUCUUCUCACAGGUCGCCUAAUCGGAGCGCGAGAGGUCCCCGAAAUUCGUCGCGGAGUCGGUCGCCACCAAAGCGGGACGGAAGAGUCAAUCGUCGCUCGGAGAGUCCUCGUGAUAGGCAUCAUUCAUACGGGAGCGGCGAUCGAUCGAGAUAUCGAUCAUCGGAAUCCCGGAAAAGAUGAACAUCGCCUGACACGGUCGGAUUUGAACGGAGGACACUAAAACUCGGGGUUCCUUCACUGGCUCGCCGUCUAUAGGUAAUUCUGGCGAAUUCCCAGCCAAGCAACCAUGUAGAAGCAUUGAUUGCAUGAGCGAGACUUGACUGAAAGGCUCAUACAUAAAGCGCUGAGAAUAAAUCUCGAGACUACGGUGAAUGAUCCGCAGAG